AUGUCCUUCAAGAUCGUAAUUUCUGGUGUCACUGGUCGCAUCGGUGCGCAUGUAUUGCAUCACGCGCUACGAAAUCCACUCGUAUCGACGGUUAUCGCAUUGUCACGACGGCCCCCACCCGGGAUCGAGACGCACGCUAAGCUCGAGGUAGUGCUGCUUGAGGACUUUACAAAAUACCCCGAUGAUGUGCUUGCGAAGCUGUCCGGAGCAGAUGGGUGCAUCUGGUGUAUGACAACGACUGCUGGUAAUCCUGUGUUAGAAUUAGAGUAUCCCAAGGCGUUCGCUGAGGCCUUUGCAUCGACAAUGCCAGUCGGCGCAAAGCCUUUUCGGUAUUUACACUUGUCAGGUGGCAUGGUUGAACGCGAUCAAGACAGGUCAUUAUGGAUGAAAGGCUCCAUGCGCAAGACCAAAGGCCGGGGCGAAGUUCAAAUGGUCGACUUUGCAAAGACCCACGAGAACUGGAUUACGAUCGUAGCUCGACCAGGCAUGGUCGUACAGAGAGGUAGUAUUAUUGGUGAAGCUUCGAUGAUGGUUGCAGGCUCCUCUGGCUCUUUCAUUCGAUAUGACGAGCUUGCGCUUGCACUCAUCAAUGCGGUCAUGCAUGGCAGUGAGGAGCUCUUACUCCCUGCAGCGCUCGUGCAGCAAGGCCAGCAGUUGGUGCAGGGGGGUCGGUAA